UGAUUGGCAAAGUCAUGCCACAAUGCUGGUGAACACAGUGCUGUGCUUCUACAUGUUGGUGCCGCUUGUGUGCCCACUGCAGGAGGAUCUGCUUGAUACAACUCAAGAGACUUCAGAGAUUGGCUGGUCAUCUUACCCACAGGGACAGUGGGAUGAAGUCAGUGUUCUGGAUGGACAACGUCGCCUCCUGCGCACGUACGAAGUCUGUAAUGCUUACGGGCAACACUCCAACCAGAGUAAUUGGCUGCGCACUGGGUACAUUGAGAGCAGACGUGCCCGGCGGGUAUAUGCUAAGUUGCGAUUUUCUGUACGGGAUUGUGCCAGUUUGAAGCCACCACCAAAGAGAAACCAUCUGGCUUGUCGAGAAACGUUUACCUUUUACUACCGUCAGGCAGACGGCCCUGCAGAAGCUGAGAAGUGGGAAUGGGUAGAAGAAAACUGGGUGAAGGUAGACACUAUAGGACCAGGCAAGAGUUUUACAAGGGACCCUGGGAAGGGGGGGCAGGGGCCGCACAUGGAUGAAAGAAUCCUAGACUUUGGGCCAGUAACCAGGAAAGGUUUUUAUUUGGCCUUUGUGGAUUCUGGAGCCUGUCUCUCUUUGGCUGGGGUAAAAGUCUACUUCUAUAAGUGCCCUUCUACAGUGAAGGGACUGGCAUCUUUCCCUGAGACCCCUUCUAGUGGGGAAGGAGGGGCAUCACUAUCAGAAGCCAUAGGGGCCUGUGUAACAGGUGCCCAAUCUACUGGAACAGCUCGACUCAGUCUGCACUGUGGUGGGGAGGGAGAGUGGAUGGUCUCUAGUGGGAGUUGUAUCUGUAACCCAGGAAGAGCCGAGAAUGAGGAUGGCACCAAAUGUACAGCCUGUCCCCCUGGCACCUACAAGCCCCCCGAAUCACCAAUUAGCCGCUGCCUUCCCUGCCCAACAAACAGCAACACCAUAACCUCGGGGGCACUGAGCUGUAUAUGUAACAAGGGGUUUUACCGCAUCCCAGACGAGAACCCACAAUCCCCCUGUACUGGACCUCCCUCUGCGCCAUGGGAUUUGAACUACGAGGUGAUUGGCCCUGGAGCAGUUUCUGUCAGCUGGAGGGUCCCCAAGGAGCUGGGAGGGCGCACAGAGGUGAUGUACUCAGUGGCCUGUAAGGAGUGUUUGGGGGGGCACUGCCUGAGAUGUGGAGAUGGAGUCACUUUCAGACCCAGCCAAGUGGGGCUCAUUCACACCAAGGUGCACCUGUCUGGGCUCCUGUCUGGGGUGGCUUAUACCCUCGAGGUCCAGGCGGUCAACCAAGUGUCAGAGCUGAGCCCUGAGCAACCCAAGCACUCGUCUCUGAACCUCAGUAUCAGCCAAUCAGUUCCGUCGGCAGUUCCCAUCAUUCACCAGGUGAGCCGAUCCAAACAGAGCAUCACCCUCACAUGGCCGGAACCUGACCAGCCCAAUGGCAAAAUCCUGGAUUAUCAGCUUUGUUACAGGGAAAAGGGUGACGAGGGCGAGUCCCUUUAUCUGAUCACUGAAACCAACACAGCGACCAUUGGAGGCCUGAACCCCGGAGCCAUUUAUUCCUUCCAGGUCAGAGCACGGACUGAGGGGGGCUACGGAGCUUUCAGUGGGAAUAUGUACUUCCAGACACUGCUUGGGGGUUCGGAGCAGUCAGAGCACAAAGUGGACAAACUUCCUCUAAUCGUUGGGUCCUGUCUGGGAGUCUUGGCCUUUAUUGGCCUCUCUCUUGUUCUCUUCUUAAUUCUGUUCUUUAAAAGUAAGAGACGGGAGAGCCCCUAUACAGACAGACUGCAGCAUUAUAUCACCUCUAGGGGUUUGGGGGUGAAAUAUUAUAUUGACCCUUCCACCUAUGAGGACCCCACAGAGGCGGUUCAUGAAUUCGCUCGUGAGAUUGAUGUGACAUUUGUGAAGAUUGAGGAGGUGAUUGGUUCAGGAGACUUCGGGGAGCUGUGUCGGGGGCGUCUGUGCCUCCCGGGUAAAAGAGAGAUGGUCGUGUGUAUUCGCACUUUGCGCACUGGGAGUGGAGAGAAGGAACGGAGGGAGUUCCUGAGUGAGGCGAGCAUCAUGGGACAAUUUGAUCACCCCAAUGUGCUGCAUCUGGAGGGGGCUGUGACGCGGAGCCGUCCAAUCAUGAUCCUCACAGAACACAUGGAGAAUGGGGCACUGGAUGCCUUUCUGAGGCAGUGUGAGGGGGGCUUCUCAACCCUGCAGAUGGUCUCCAUGCUGAGAGGAAUUGCCUCAGGAAUGCGCUACCUGUCCGACAGGAGUUACAAUCAUCGUAAUCUGGCAGCGCACAAUGUCCUGGUUAAUGGCCAGUUAGUGUGCAAAGUGGCCAGCCUGCACCCACCUGACCAGGGAGCAAGACAAUCCAUGAGAUGGACAGCACCAGAAGUUCUCCAGCUCCGAAAGUUCUCCAGUGCGAGUGACGUGUGGAGUUACGGCAUUGUCAUGUGGGAAGUGACUUCCUAUGGGGAGCGGCCAUAUUGGGAUAUGAGCAAUCAGGAGGUCCUGGAAGCCCUAGAGCAAGAAUACAGACUGCCCCCACCCCCAGACUGCCCCACUGCCCUCCACUUGCUGAUGUUAGACUGCUGGCAGAGAGAGCGCGCCCAGAGGCCCCGUUUUGAGCAGAUUGUUAGCUCUCUGGACCGAAUGAUAAGAAAUCCAAACUGCUUAAAAUCUGUGGGGGUCUCAUCUAGUAGACCCUCACAGCCUCUUCUUAGUAACUGCCCCCCAGAUCUGCCCUCACUCUCCUCUCCCCACGAAUGGUUGGAGGCCAUCAAGAUGCAGAGAUACAAGGAGAACUUUGACAAAGCCGGAUACACAACACUGGAGGCCAUUUCUCGGCUCACGGCAGAGGAUAUCCGGACAAUGGGAGUGACUCUCUCCGGGCACCAGAAGAAGAUCCUGAGUAGUAUUCAGCUCCUGAAAGCUCAUCUGCAGCCAUUAGAGCCCCUGGAGGUGUGAGGGCCCAAUACAGGAGCAGAAUUGUUUCAUUGGCUCUCCAGAAAAUGUCAUUGUCCUAUUGUGAUGGAGGAACUUCCCGAGGUGGCACUGACUGGCAUAUGCACAAGGUGGCAGAGACACAGUACAGCUCAUAGACAGGCAACUGGGCAUAAAACAUUGGCACUGACUGAAAGGACCCCCCCCACUGGCACAUACACAGACUGACACAUACACAGACUGGCACAUACACAGACUGGCACAUACACAGACUGGCACAUACACAGACUGACACAUACACAGACUGACACAUACACAGACUGGCACAUACACAGACUGGCACAUACACAGACUGGCACAUACACAGACUGACACAUACACUGACUGGCACAUACACAGACUGGCACAUACACAGACUGACACAUACACAGACUGACACAUACACAGACUGGCACAUACACAGACUGGCACAUACACAGACUGGCACAUACACAGACUGGCACAUACACAGACUGACACAUACACAGACUGGCACAUACACAGACUGGCACAUACACAGACUGGCACAUACACAGACUGGCACAGCAUGAUCAGGGCACACUCACUGGUACAUACUCUGGGUGAUACACAGACUGGCAGAGAGCAGGACACACUAGGUUACACCUGGGCCUGUAUAUAUGUAACUCACCUGUACAUGUACCUAAACGUGUGCUCCUGCAGCCUGGUCACACCCCAGAGAUCCAGUAACCAGACACACAGGAAUGACAGUGAUCUGUUACAUAUUGUGACAAUAACAGGACAAUUCUAACCAAUGACUUAAUACUCUAAUAAAGGCUCAGUACAAAUAGCCCCCAGUAUAACCCUGGUGUGUACCCCAAAGUCCCCCAACACGUGCCAGCUGGAUAGUGUGGGUACCAGUGGGGGGGGCCUUAGGAAGAAACGGAUAGACUGGAAAAGAACAAACUUCACGGAUCCGCACACACAAUUUGUCUGCAGUCGGGGAGCUUAUCCCCCUUAUCAACAUUUGGGGAGCACACCCUCCCUUCAUCUCGAUUAGACAAUUAGUGUAUGAAUUUUAUUGGCUGAUUUUCACCUGUGCCCCCUUUUUUCUUCACAGAUAAGAAAGUCCGGGGGGGGGUAACAAAUGAGUUAAGG